ACAGCAACCUCCUAAACAAGAAAAAGAAGAACAAGACGCUCUUUCUGUAUAAAUAAGAAGGAACCGACAAAUACAAACAUUCAGAAACAGAAUCCUGAGCGAAAAUGGUUAAAUUCGUAAUUGUCACCUUAAGUUUAAUCGCGGUUGCUGCCGCCGGUUCAGCAUAUGGCUACGGCAGCCGCCACGAAGGUCACGAAAGCGUACACGGCGGGUCAGGCGGUCAUGGCCAAGGACACGACGUAGGUCAUGGAAGCGCUCAAGGUGGUUCAUGGAACCAUGAGCAAGGACUGGAGCACGGUGGGAGCCACGUAGGUGUCCAUGGUGGAUCAGAAGGUCACGACCAAGUCUAUGAACACGGCGGUCAUGGAAGCGAGCAUGGUGGAUCAUGGAGUCAUGAACAAGCAUCGGAGCACGGUGGUGGCCACGGAGGUGUCCAUGGUGGAUCAGGAGGUCACGACCAAGGAUUACACGGCGUCGGUCAUGGAACUGCUCAUGGUGGAUCACCGAAUCACGAGAAAGGACAGGGACACGGCAACGUCCAUGGCGGUCACGGUCAAUUCGGUCCACACGGUCACUAUUAAAUCGCAUUAAAAUGUUUGAAUAAAAGUUCAAUUUAA